AUGUCAACUCAAUUCGCCUUCCCUGAAUACCUGGCACCAGCCAAUAUCCGGCAGCGCGCGAAAGCUCCCCUGGUGCAACCCAUGUUCGUGUACGGUGGAGGUCUCGCCGAGUACGUGACCCUUGCGGACGGGCUCGCGCGAAAUAACACGUUGCAUGACCGCCGAAAGCAUCGAUGCGCACGGGCUCCCCCGGAUGUGGCGCGGGAUUGGAAAAAUUUAACCUAUUCGGUCGCGGCGGGCGCCCUGACGCCGCCCUCAUAUACCGACACCGCGCCGGCCUUGCUCGCUCGCGCGUCGGAUCCCAGGCGCCAGAAGGGCUGUCAACAUUUCGAAAACGGGUCACGAACGCCCAAUUUCGCGUCCAACACCUCGCCCAACGAUGAGGAGGGCUGGAUUGUGGCCGGCUUUACGUACGACGAGCGUCUCCUCAGUGGUCGUCUCAGGCGAUUUCUAAUGCGCUUUCUUACGCCAAAAAAUCGCAUUUUGACGCAAAAUGCACGGAGGUCCGCGCGGGAAUCCCUCGUUGAGAGCCGCGAUGGCUGUGAAGGGGGGGAGGGGGAGGAGGCAGCGCUUCGCGCUGCCCUCAGCGGCGACGACGCGCGAGACACCUUCUCGCGCUCCCUCAAGCGAGAAAUCCGGCGAAUCGACGUCGAUUGGGCCGGGGGCCGCGUCCUGGGGCCUGGCUGCCCGUCGCGGCCGUCGGGGAGGAGGAGGAGGGCGGCGCGAAGUGCCGACAUAGGCAUUCAUUCGGCCGAGACAUCUUCCCAUGCAUCACAAGCCUCAAAAAUCCGCAAAUAG